UGUUGUUGCCAGUGGGACUGUUGUGUUGUGGAAAUGGCGACGCCUCGUCGCUCUUCUCAGCAGCAGCAGCCAAAUCUGGGGCUGUCAACCCCGUCCCGCAGCACCUCUCUCCCGGUCACUCCUCCGGUCUCCCCGACGCCAGCAGCCGAUCAUGCUGGCUCAGGCGCACAGGGAGCAGUGGAUAACCGGGCGGACGGUGAAGUGAGCCCGGCCUCUCCCAGCAGCCCCGCGCUGGCCCUCUCCAGCAGCAGCUUCAGUAGCAGCACCGUGAGCAGCACUAGCAGCAGCGCUAGCUCCCCCAGUACCACCGAGAGCAGCGCGACCAGCGCCGUGUCCUCCCCGGACUCAGGCAGCGGUGCCGCGGGGAGCAGCGGGGCCAGUGGUGCCGGUGCUAAUGGGGCUUUUCGGGAGCUGUUUGAAGCCUGUCGGAACGGGGACGUGUCCAGGGUGAAGAAGCUGGUAGAUGCAGUGAACGUGAACGCCAAAGACAUGGCAGGACGUAAAUCCACUCCUCUGCACUUUGCAGCUGGCUUCGGGAGAAAAGAUGUAGUGGACCACCUACUUCAGACAGGGGCUAAUGUACACGCUCGGGACGAUGGAGGCCUCAUCCCUCUUCAUAAUGCCUGCUCCUUUGGACACUCCGAGGUGGUGUCCUUGUUGCUGUGUCAGGGUGCUGACCCCAAUGCCAGAGACAACUGGAACUACACUCCACUACACGAGGCGGCCAUUAAGGGCAAGAUAGACGUCUGCAUUGUGCUGCUGCAGCAUGGAGCCGACCCCAACAUCCGCAACACGGACGGGAAGUCUGCGCUGGACCUGGCCGAACCCUCCGCCAAGGCUGUGCUCACAGGUGAAUACAAGAAGGAUGAGCUGCUGGAGGCUGCGAGGAGCGGAAACGAAGAGAAGCUAAUGGCCUUGCUAACUCCCCUGAACGUCAAUUGCCACGCUAGCGACGGACGCAAGUCAACACCUCUCCACCUGGCUGCAGGAUACAACCGAGUGCGGAUAGUGCAGCUCCUGCUACAGCACGGAGCAGAUGUUCACGCCAAGGACAAGGGUGGACUGGUGCCUCUACACAAUGCCUGUUCCUAUGGGCACUAUGAAGUCACGGAGCUGCUGCUUAAGCAUGGCGCCUGUGUAAAUGCCAUGGACCUGUGGCAGUUCACUCCUCUCCAUGAAGCAGCCUCUAAAAACCGAGUGGAGGUGUGCUCUCUCCUGCUGAGCCAUGGAGCUGACCCCACACUACUCAACUGUCACAGCAAGAGCUCUGUGGACAUGGCCCCCACCCCCGAGCUCAAGGAGAGGCUUAUGUACGAAUUCAAGGGCCACUCGCUGCUCCAAGCCGCUAGGGAGGCUGACAUGGCCAAGGCUAAGAAGACGCUAGCCCUGGAGAUCAUCAACUUCAAACAUCCACACACACACGAGACAGCCCUGCACUGUGCUGUGGCAUCACCUCACCCCAAGAGGAAGCAAGUGACAGAGCUGCUGCUAAGGAAGGGCGCCAACGUCAACGAGAAGAAUAAGGACUUCAUGACACCUCUGCAUGUGGCAGCGGAGCGGGCUCACAAUGACAUCAUGGAGGUGCUGCAGAAACAUGGGGCCAAGGUAAAUGCCCUGGACACACUGGGUCAGACGGCUCUCCACCGUGCGGCUCUGGCUGGACACCUUCAGACCUGUCGGCUGUUGCUAGGAUACGGAGCCGAUGCCUCGCUGGUGUCGCUGCAGGGCUUCACCGCUGCUCAGAUGGGAAAUGAAGCCGUUCAGCAAAUACUCAAUGAAAACGUGCCGGUGAGAAACUCUGAUGUGGACUACAGACUACUGGAGGCUGCUAAAGCUGGAGACCUGGACACUGUCAAGUCACUCUGCACAGCCCAGAAUGUGAAUUGUCGAGAUUUGGAAGGUCGUCACUCUACGCCUCUUCACUUUGCUGCCGGCUACAACCGUGUUUCAGUGGUGGAGUAUCUCCUACACCAUGGGGCCGAUGUCCACGCCAAGGACAAAGGUGGGCUGGUUCCCCUCCAUAACGCCUGUUCGUACGGACACUACGAGGUGGCAGAGCUGCUGGUCAGACAUGGAGCCUCGGUAAACGUGGCGGAUCUGUGGAAGUUCACCCCACUACACGAGGCUGCAGCCAAGGGCAAAUAUGAGAUCUGCAAACUGCUUUUGAAGCAUGGAGCAGACCCAACCAAGAAGAACCGUGAUGGAAACACACCUUUAGAUCUGGUAAAAGACGGGGACACAGACAUCCAGGACCUGUUGAGAGGUGACGCCGCCCUGCUGGACGCUGCAAAGAAAGGCUGCCUGGCCCGAGUGCAGAAGUUAUGCAGUCCAGAUAACAUUAACUGCAGGGACACACAGGGACGCAACUCCACUCCACUACAUCUGGCAGCCGGAUAUAACAACCUCGAGGUGGCGGAAUAUUUGUUGGAGCAUGGAGCGGAUGUGAAUGCCCAGGACAAAGGAGGUCUCAUCCCACUGCACAAUGCUGCGUCCUAUGGGCACGUAGAUAUCGCCGCCCUGCUGAUCAAGUACAACACGUGCGUCAAUGCCACAGACAAGUGGGCAUUCACUCCACUGCACGAGGCGGCGCAGAAGGGCAGGACUCAGCUCUGUGCCCUCCUAUUGGCCCACGGAGCAGACCCCACCAUGAAGAACCAGGAAGGACAGACGCCGCUGGACCUGGCAACGGCGGAUGACAUCAGAGCCUUGCUGAUCGAUGCUAUGCCUCCAGAUGCCCUGCCCAGCUGUCUGAAACCACAAGCCACUGUGGUGAGUGCCAGUGUAGUGAGCACUGGUGCUGCAGGCGGCGUGGUCAUCUCUCCAUCCCCAUCCCCGUCCUGUCUGUCCGCAGCCAGCAGUAUAGACAACCUGAGCGUGCCCCUCAGUGACAUCACAGUGGGUGGUGCCACAGGGACAGGAGACGGGGCAUCGGGAUCAGACAGGAAGGAAGGAGAAACACUGCUCGACAUGACCAUAAACCAGUUCCUGAAGAGUUUAGGACUUGAGCAUCUUCGGGACAUUUUCCAAAGAGAGCAGAUUUCACUGGACGUUCUGGCCGACAUGGGUCAUGAGGAGCUCAAAGAGAUUGGCAUCAACGCUUACGGCCACAGACACAAACUCAUCAAGGGCAUCGAGAGGCUUCUGGGAGGCCAGCAAGGUGCCAACCCAUACCUGACAUUCCACUGUUCGAGCCAGGGCACAGUCCUCAUUGACCUCUCGCCGGACGACAAGGAGUUCCAGUCGGUGGAGGAGGAGCUCCAGAGCACUAUCAGAGAGCACCGAGAUGGAGGCAACGCGGGCGGAGUCUUCAGUCGGUACAAUAUCAUUAAGAUUCAGAAAGUGGUGAAUAAGAAGUUACGGGAAAGAUACACGCACAGACAAAAAGAGAUCGCAGACGAAAACCACAACCAUCACAACGAGCGCAUGCUGUUUCACGGGUCUCCGUUCAUUAAUGCUAUCAUCCACAAAGGCUUCGAUGAGCGUCAUGCCUACAUCGGGGGCAUGUUUGGGGCAGGAAUCUACUUUGCCGAGAACUCCUCCAAAAGUAACCAGUAUGUGUACGGGAUUGGUGGAGGCACAGGAUGUCCGACCCACAAAGACCGCUCCUGCUACGUGUGCCAUAGACAAAUGCUGUUCUGCAGAGUGACAUUGGGUAAGUCCUUCCUUCAGUUCAGUGCGAUGAAAAUGGCCCACGCUCCUCCAGGUCACCACUCGGUCAUCGGUCGCCCCAGUGUCAACGGGCUGGCCUACGCGGAGUAUGUCAUCUACAGAGGGGAGCAGGCUUAUCCGGAAUACUUGAUCACGUAUCAGAUUGUGAAGCCGGAAAGUGUGGCCACCCCUGCUGCCUCUGCCGAACAGAAGUCUUAAGGAUCCUAACAAGACCGUGUACUACAGAAUAUAUAGACUCAAGAGGUGUUUUAAACCUCGAGAAGAGCCCUUGGAGCCGAGGCAGACUGAAAACACCAAGGCGAUGCGUGGAGGUGGGGCGCAUAUAGAAAGGAGAUUAGCCCAAAUAUGGAGUUGUGAAUCUCUGUUUCAUUCUUCAAGGCAAAAACACAUUCCUUUGUUCUCCUCAUACUCCCUGUCAUUUGAUAUUUAUUCUGGAAAAAGUCCCUGGGGCCACAAAGCAAAAAUAAGAGCUUUUUUUUUUCAUUUCAAGCCCUAUUCUUUCACAUUAUUUUUUCAUGUUUAAAAAUGAAUGUUGUUUGGGAGCAGAGUCUGCUUUUGUUAAAAGGACAAAAUGACAAUCCAGAGGUGCAUUGUAUUGCUCAAAACUGGGACCACGAUACAAUUUUCUACAUCACAAUAGGUACAUGGAUCAAGUUACAUUUCAGUGCUAUCAAUAUAUAACAUAAUAUCUUUAUAUUUAUUUAUUUUUUAUUUUGUUUACACACAUCUGCUGCCUUUCAUUGAACUUGCGUACUGGCUGCCUCCUAGUGGUGUAACAAAGGAACAAGCUUAAUUACACAAUUAGUCAAGACUCUAUUUUUUAGAAUGUGAACAGCUUGCCUCCAAAUCAUCCAGUAGGUUUAAAGAUGUUGUGCCAGAUUUUGACUGUCUUCAAAAAGCAGAACUAGCUCAUUAUAAAUUGUCGGUCCAGAUUUUUUCCUCACUUACCUAUAUGCAUUCUGAGCAUCCUAAUUAUUCACAUUGAUGAGUUUAUAAGAGCUUCUAACAGCUUUCAGAGGCAAGACACUAGAACUUUGCUUUGCCUUCAUGGUAAUGCUAACAACUACUAGUAUGCAAAACAUGCACUUCCUGAUGCUUGGACAAUUAGAUGCAGACAGUAUGCAGCUGACUUAUUUUGACUUUAAGAGCUGUUUAUACAAUAUAUCUGUACUGGGGUGAGACACAUUUUGCUGAAAUACAUGGAAAAAAUUAGGCACAGCCACUUUAAGCAUAGAGGCUAAGGUUUAAUAGUUUGAUGAAGAACGGCCAAUAAUACACAAAUGUUUACUUUACACUACCAUAAUUCACCUCACAGUUAUUGAGUUUUUUUCAGUGUUUUAAUAUGAUGUAUUUAUUUAUUAACACUUAAAUAUCACACUGCUAUGGGACCACACUGGUUUUCAUUUUGAUUUCCACAUUUCUAUAAUCCAUCGUGAAUUGCCUUAAACUUAAACUAUAUAUCUACAACACUUUGACACGUAUCGUUAUUUGUUGUAUGGGCUAGGCUAGGUCAAAUCCUUGAUCAGGGUGCCUCUAAUACAUAAUGUGAAGUUAACUUUGGAUUUUGCUGUGGAGACAUGGGCCUAGUAUUUUGAAUAUCAGUAUUUCUUCAUAGGCGACCGUGUCUCAAGGCAGCAUUUGAUCUAGCCGGGCAGUAGUUGGCACAUUUAACUUUGAUAAAAUAGACUGAAUCAAAGUGCGCUGAGUUAUGCCAUUAAAAUAACUUCACGAGAAAGGAAAUGGGGUAAAAAGAAUUCAGAUCUAAUUGUGAUAAUUUUGAGUGAGAUUACAGAAAUGACCAGAGCAGGUGGACAAUUUAAAACCCUGCUAGAUAGGCCUUUUAUGAGAUAUGUUAAACAUUAUUUUCAUGUAAAGACUUUAAUGUGACUACUCUUUGGAAUUGUGUUGUGUCUGGUUUGUGUUUUGCUGGACCGCGGACCAGGCAGCCAUUGUUGUGUAAAUAUAUUGAGAGAAACGCAGUGAAUGUGCUCUUCAAACUGGAGUGAUAAAGGCGUUCUCUCUUCAUCAUGUGUAUUCUGUGUACAGAUGUACAGUCUGACAGCUAACAUGUGGAACAAACACUUGUACAGAACAAAAUCCUUAAUAAAUCAGCUCAACUGUG